CCCCCCGCCGCCCGCCCGCGGGGAGAGCAGCCGCCGUGCGGGCACCGAGCGCACCCCGGCCCCGCCGCAGCCCGAGCCCCGGGCGGCCGCGGCUGCUAUGCGGCUUCGCGGCGCACGGCCUCCACCGGGUUUGCGCCAACGCCUGCCAGAAGCUGAGCCGGCCGAGGACUAGGGACGCCUGGCCCCGAGCGGGGGGACGCCACGUUGACCCCGAGACUGCCGCCCCCCGGAAGGUGCCUGGUCGGCGAGGGAGGGGGCAAUGCGCCGGGCUGCAGCCGCUGCCCGUUGAGCCUGCGGAGGUUUCGGCACCUGCCCGGGACACGUUCGCCGACGGCAGCAGCACCCUGAUCCUGACCAGCGGCCCCCUGCCCGCGGCUCCCACCGGAGCCCUCGAGCGAAGGAGACGUUGGGCCAAGACUGACGGGGGUCGGGGGGCACGUCCUUCUGCCCUGACCCGGCGGCGGCGAUUCCUGCCCCGACACCCCGACGGCGCUGCGGACCCUCCGCUGCCCUCGCCGCCCCCCCCGGGCCCUGGCAGCCCCCUCGCAGGGCUGUCCCCCCCCGGCGCUGCCCAGCCUUGGCCUCCAGCCCCGCUGGAGCGCGGCAGCCUGCCGGGCGCUGCCCCCCGCGCCUCCCGGGCGUUGCCCCCCGGGUGCAUCGCCCCCCGCCCCCCCGGGGACCCCCCGCCUGCCGGCAGAGCCAUGAAGCUGCAGGCGGUGAUGGAGAACCUGCAGCGGCAGCAGCGCGCGCGGCUGCAGCAGGCGCUGGAAGCGCGGCAGCAGGAGCAGCAGCAGCGCUCCACGCCGCCCCCGGCGCAGCCCCCGCCGGCCCCUGGGCAGACCCCCGCCAGCACCCCGGCCCGGGGCCGCGGCCAGGAUCCGGCCCCAGCACCCUCGGAGGAAGGAGCGGAGCCCGAGAGCGCGCACAUCCAGCGGGCGCAGAUGGCCGCCCUGGCUGCCAUGCGGGCAGCGGCCGCCGGCCUCAGCCACUCGUCCAGCCCGGGGCUGUCAGACGAGAGCCAGGCCUCUGAGGAGGAGGAGGAGGAGCGCGGCGAGGAGGAGGAGGAGGAGGAUGGCGGGUACCAGCAGGAGAUGGGCUCUGAGGAGGAGGAGGAGGAUCUGAAGGGCAAGUGGGAUGAAGAUGACUUUGAAGAGGACCUGGGCGAGGAGGAGGAGGAAGAGGAAGAGGAGGAGGAGGAGGAGGAAGAGGAAGACUAUGAGGAAGAGGAAGACAUGGGAGAGGAAGGGCUCAGCUCGGCAGAGGCAGUGCGAGCGGGCGCGGGAUCCCUGCUGCUCCGCAAACCCCCGGCACCCCAGCACUACCGGGGCGAGCCUCAGCGGCUGCCGGGUGGGCAGGAGCGGCUCCCCUCCGGACUGGGCCACGCGCAGCCCCCGCCGCCGGCACCCGACCACGGCGACUGGACCUACGAGGAGCAGUUCAAGCAACUGUACGAGCUGGACGGUGACCCCAGGAGGAAGGAGUUCCUGGAUGACCUCUUCAGCUUCAUGCAGAAGCGAGGGACCCCCGUCAACCGGAUCCCCAUCAUGGCCAAGCAGGUGCUGGACCUGUACAUGCUGUACACACUGGUGACGGAGAAGGGCGGCCUGGUGGAGGUCAUCAACAAGAAGCUGUGGCGGGAGAUCACCAAGGGGCUGAACCUGCCCACCUCCAUCACCAGCGCUGCCUUCACCCUGCGCACCCAGUACAUGAAGUACCUGUACCCCUACGAAUGUGAGAAGCGAGGGCUGAGCAACCCCAACGAGCUGCAGGCGGCCAUCGACAGCAACCGGCGGGAGGGCCGCCGGCAGGGCUUCGGCAGCUCCCUCUUCACCUACUCGCCCGGCGGCACCCAUGGCCUCCUCUCCUCCCCCAAGCUGCCAGUGCCGGCGCUGGGGCUGGCCUCCGCCACCAACGGCGGGUCCAUCGCUCCCGUCCAGAAGAUCAAGAAAGAGGAGGACUCCCCCAUCCCCAUCUCCAUGCCCAGCCGGCUCCCCGUCUCGCUGGCCGGCCACCCCGUGGUGGCAGCCCAGGCGGCCGCGGUGCAGGUGGCGGCGGCCGCCCAAGCCGCGGCACUGGAGCAGCUGCGGGAGAAGCUGGAGUCGGGGGAGCCCCCGGAGAAGAAGAUGGCGCUGGUGACGGAUGAGCAGCAGCGGCUGAUGCAGCGGGCGCUGCAGCAGAACCUCCUGGCCAUGACGGCCCAGCUGCCCAUGAGCAUCCGCAUCAACAGCCAGGGCACCCGCUCGCCAGAGAACCGCCAGGACUCCGCCGCCGGCCUGAGCAGCAACGGCACCAACAGCAUCAGCAUGUCGGUUGAGAUCAACGGUAUCGUCUACACAGGUGUGCUGUUCGCCCAGACGCCCGGCCCUUCCUCCCUCCUCUUCCUCCUCCUCCUCGCUCCCCUCCUCUGCCUACAGCAAAGGCAACGGCGGCGGCAGCGGCAGCCGGAGCAGCGGCACUGGUGGCGGCAGCGGGGUGGGGAGCGGCGGUGGCGGCGGCGGCGGUGGCAGUGUCCCCCCCGCGGCCCCGGCCAGCCUGGCCGUGCCCCCCAGCUCUACCUCCAACAAUGCUUCGCCUUAAUGCCCCCGGCCCCUUCCCCUUCGCCAGAGCCGGCAGCCGCGGCGGGGGGGGGGGGGGCAGAGCUCACCCCGCCAGCCCUUGCCCGGCAGCCGUCGGGGCGCGGGGGGCCAGGGUCUCACCGGGGUCUCACCGGGGUCUCACCUGGGUCUGGCCGGGCUCUGCCCUUGUUCUCGUGUUGUUGGGUUUUCCUUUGCGAGGCAGAAAAGCUUUAGCCCGGGGGUUUUGCCGGAGGCGCCGGCUGUCCCGCUGCGCCGCGCCAGUCCGGGACCGUUUACCUCACUCACAUCACACUUUGCACUGUACAUUUAUUAUUAUUAUUAUUAUUAUUUUUUAACUCGUGUUACCUCCAGACAGACGCACGGACGCCUGCCGACGCGAGCUUUAGUGAAACCCCCCGGCACUCUCUAAAGGAAAAAAAGAUGAAAAAAAGAUAAAAAAAAAAAUUGGAAAUCGGGAGAUAUUUUAUUCAUUUAGAUCCUUUUCCCUCCCCCUUUAUUUUGAGAACUACACUCACUAUAUGGGAUUUUAAGAGGUUGUUGUUUGAUUGUUUUGUUGUAAAUAGCUUCUAUUUUAUUCUCUAAAAAGAAAAGAAAAGAAUCGAACUUUAACAUGCAAAUGAUAUAUAUUAGCGUUCAUCAGGGAAACGGGAGCUUGGAAACCGCGUAACCUCCUUUCUUCUCUCCUCUCAUCGGUGGUCGGGUCCAGCUCUGCUCCUUCCCCUGGGAACCCCGCGGGCGCCCCGGGACCCCGGGGCUUUGUACGGGGCCAGGGGUCCCACCCCGGCCAGGCUGUGCCGGCAGCGGGCAGAGCUGGCAGCCCCUGGCACGGGCAGCUUGCCUGCACGCCCCAGCCUCCAGUUUCCCCAGUCUCUGUGCAGGGGCUGGGGGUCUUUGCCCACCUUUGGGGAUGCUGGGGGCAGGGGGCACGCUGCCAGUCCCGCUGCCUGUCCUGCUGCCCAUCCUGCCUGGCUGGCACCUCCCGGGGAACCCGCUGCUUUCAGGCUGUUGCUUUAUUUUCUCAGCAGAGAAAAUUGAGCUGAAAGCCAUUGCCCCCCCCCCCCACCCCCAAAACCCCAGCCCAUGCCAGGGAGGGGGGCUGGCAUUAAACCGCGGCGGCAGCAGCAAUCCGGGCUUUACCGCGGGGCCGAUUUGCUCAGCGAAGGCAGGAUGCUCCCCCCUGCAUCCCACCCACCAUCCCCAUGGGGUUGGGGGGGAAAGCGGGGCCAGGAGCUGGGCUGCACCAGCAACUCUUUAUUUCCCCCCCCAAUACUACUGUGCAAAGCCAACUUGGCAUAUUUUCCUCCAAAAAUAAGCAGCUUGGGAAGAGCAGGAUCCGAGCGAUGCAUGGGGGGGGGGGUGUUUCUAGAGGGGACCGGCAUAAAAUACCCAAUUUAGCAAUGGGAUGCAGGAGCUGAUAUCCAGGAUGAGGAUGCUUGGGGGGGCUGUGGGAUGCUCCGGAGGUCCUGAACGUCCUUCGGAACCUCCAGCACAUCCCUCAGCCCCAGCCCCGAGGAUUUAUUUGAAGCAUCGUUAUCUCUCCAGCUGGCCAGGUUUCAAUUUUUUGCAAUUUUUUAGACCUUUUUUUGCCCGCCCCCCCCCCCCAAACAUUCGCCCACAUCUGCGUGAGACACAAUCGCGACCCGAUACCGAAACCCACUCCCCCACACAACUCGGUAUCUCAAUUCCUCAGGUUUCAACCUCGAGCACAGGGUUUUUUUCCCCCGUUCCCCAGCUGCCUGGGGGGGGGUGUCCCACACUGGUGGAUGCCCCCCCCCCCCUUUUUUUUGCUUGGGGAAGCGGUGAUCUCAGGGGAUUUGGGGUUUUUCCAGCCUUUUUUUUUCCCCCCAGCCUUUUUUCCCCCCUCUCCAGAGCUGGAAAUGCCCCUUGGUGGCUCCGUGAACCCCAUCCCUUGGGGGGGGGUCCGGGGGGGCUCCGUCCGGCUCCUGCUGCUGUUAGGAUCCAGCCCAGCUCCCCACAAGGAGAAAUCCCAGGGGGUGUUUCUCGUGCCCAGGGUGGGCAUUAGAUUUUCUUAGUGAGUUUUUGCAUUUGUACAGUCACUGUUUUGGGUUGGUUGGUUUUUUUUUUAAUUAUUUUUAUUCCCCCCCUCCUCUUCCCUCCCCCUCUUCUUUUUUUUUUUUUGAGAGCGUAUUACCUUCCACUUUAUUUUUCUUUUUGCAUAUCGAUUUAAAAAAGAAAAAAAAAAAGCCUAAAUCAGUUUCUCUGGGGUUUGGAAAGAAAAAAAGGAACGGACACAGCUGCAGACGCAUUUACCCAGCGUGCAUAUCUUAACUCAGG